AUGAGCGACCUCGACAAAGCCAUUGCGCAAUUACGCGCUUGCCGCCCGAUCCCCGAACCUCAAGUGCGCGAACUGUGCUACAAGGCGCGCGAACUGCUCAUCGAAGAAGGCAACGUCGUGACCGUCGACGCGCCGGUAACAAUAUGCGGGGACAUACACGGGCAGUUCCACGACCUGAUGGAGCUGUUUCGCGUGGGUGGCGACGUGCCGGACACGAAUUACUUGUUCAUGGGCGACUUUGUGGACCGGGGAUUCUACAGCCUGGAAAGUUUCCUGCUGCUGCUCUGUUUGAAGGUCAGGUACCCGGACAGGAUCACGCUGAUUCGGGGCAACCACGAGUCGCGGCAGAUCACCACCGUGUACGGCUUCUACGACGAAUGUAUUAGGAAAUACGGCAGCGCAAACGUCUGGCGGUACUGCUGUGAGGUGUUCGAUUACCUCGCGCUGGGGGCCUUGAUUCUGGGUGCCACCACGGACGUCCCUCCCUCGACAGGCAGCUCGCAGGGCAACGAAAGCAACAAUAACACGCAAUCCACUCUCCCUCCGGAGGACGAGGAGAUCGAGUCCGAGGUCCUCAACGCUAACGGGGAGGUCGUGUCGAAAUCGCUGCGUCGGAGAUUCGAGGGAUUGUCGUUGGCUUCAGAACCCUCGCAGCAGCAGGCUUCGAAUGCGAGUCGAAUAUCUCCCGCGCCGGACAUGGACCCGCUAGAGCCGCCUACGUCGUCGAUAUCCUCGCAACAGUCCCUCAGCGGGGCUUCUCGGUCACUGUUCACCCCACCCACCUCCUCUACCGGGGCUGUCCUCUGCGUGCAUGGAGGUCUCUCGCCCCUGAUCGAAACGGUCGACAAAAUCCGCUUGAUCGAUCGCAAGCAAGAAGUCCCGCAUGAGGGCGCUAUGUGCGACCUCUUGUGGUCUGAUCCGGACGAGAUCGAGGGCUGGGGCCUGAGUCCGCGGGGCGCGGGCUUUCUCUUCGGCGCCGACAUUGUCCGGCACUUCAACCACAACAACGACUUGUCGCUGAUCGCACGGGCCCAUCAGUUGGUCAUGGAAGGGUACAAGGAGAUGUUCGACAAGACCAUCGUGACCGUGUGGAGUGCGCCGAACUACUGCUACAGGUGCGGAAACGUGGCUGCCAUCUUGGAGCUCGGCGAGGACGGCUCGAACGGGGGCUGCAUACAACGCGCGAAUGGCGACCAGGGGAGACGAGAACCCGUCGGUGGAGACGGCAAUGGAGGCGGAAGCGGCGUUCUGUGGAAUCUCGCCACCCCGGGCCGGAGAUAUAGAGUGUUUGAAGCGGCGCCGCAAGGCACUCGGGGCAUGCCUGCCAAAAAGCCGGUAGGGGAGUACUUUUUGUAA